AUGAGCCAAGUUUUAUUUUCAAAAAUUAGGUCUUUAGUAUCUGCAGAUAGACAUAGGUUUAAAUCAGGGGAUCUAGAUCUUGAUCUAUCCUAUAUUACUGAUAAUAUUUUAGAAAGAGUAUAUGACUAUUCAAAAUUAAAUAAUCAGAUUUUAGAAUUCCCUUUUUAUGAUCAUCACGCACCAACUUUAAACUUAUUAUUUGAAAUCGUUAAUUCAUUAGAUAAUUGGCUUAGAGCAGACCCAGAGAAUAUUGCAGUUGUACAUUGUAAAGGUGGGAAAGGUAGAACAGGUUGUAUCAUUUGUUGUUAUUUGUAUUAUAGUGGUCAGUUUGAUACAAUUGAGGAAUCUAUGCAACACUUUGCAUUAAAACGUUCAAAGACAAAGAAAGGUGUCACCCAACCAUCACAGCAACGUUAUAUAAAUUAUUUUAAAGAAAUUGUUUCUGGUAAUCACAUGGUAGAGGAAUUUACGUUAACAUUUCGUUCAUUAGAGUUGGGUCCUUUAACAAGAGAUCAAGCAAAUUCAAUAUCUAUUGAAAUUUUUGAACAUGCAAAAGAACCAAUUUUACAAUUUUCAAGUUCACAAAAUUCAAUACAAACUGUACCAAUAGAAAAUAAUAAUAAUAUUAAUAAUGAACAACUUUUUAAAAUUGUAUUAAUAGUUCAAAAGAAAAUAUCAAAUGAUGUAUUAAUUAGAGUAUAUAGAGGAGAUGCAAGCAAGGGAAAACCAAAAAUGAAGAAUCAAAUAUUUCAUUUAAUUUUUAAUAUGGCAUUUAUAAAUUUUAAUCAAAACAAUAUAUCUUUUGGUGUAAAAGAUUUAGAUCAUUUCAAAGCAAAUAAAAACUAUGAUCCAAAUUUAAGAAUAGAUUGUAGAUUUCAAAAUAACUGUAGUGGUCAACCUGACCAUUCUUUCAAAAUUUGGAAUAUUAUGUCUUUAAAAUAUCAAAAAACCAAAUCACAAAUAGAAACUGAAAAGAAAAAUAAAAUAAAUAAUGAAACAACACCCUCCACUACAACCACUAAUACUACUACAACCACUACAACUACAACUACUACAACCACCAAAACCGAAUCACUAUCAUCAACACCAAUAGCAUCAAAUAACAAUAGUUUAAAUAACUCUAUGAAUAUUUCUUCAUCAAGUUCAAUCGAAAAUAUAACAAUUUUAGAGAAGAAAGAAAAUAGAUUAUCAUCAAGUAGUAGUUCUUUUAAUGAUAGUAGCACCACCAACGAUACAACAUCUAGCUAUAAUAAUAAUAAUAAUACAACCACAACUUUAAGUACAAGCAUUAGCAAUCUUAGCUUGGCUAGUAGUUUAAAUAAUAGCUCCAAUAGUCUAGGCCUGAAUAUUAGUGAUAGUUUUGAAAUUUAUAACGAAAAUAGUGAAAAAUCAACAAAUACCACUUCUACUACAUCAACAACUCCAGUUCUUGAAAGAAAAAGAAAAAAUACUUUGUGGGCUGUCAAAACAAAAAUUAAACCCUCACCAAAUCUUUCAAGAUUUUCAUUAUUUAAUAAUCACAGACUAUCAAAACCCCCUAAAAAUUUAAAAAAUAAUGAAAUUGUACCAAAAGAAAUAACUGAAUCCAUUGAAUCAAAUGAAACAUCCAAAUCAAAUGAACCAUCCGAAACAACUGAACCAUCUGAAUCAAAUGAACCAUCUGGAUCAAAUGAACCAUCUGAACCAAUAGAACCAACAGAUCCAACAGAUCCUAUAAAUAAUAUAAAUUGUAAUACUACCGAAGAAACUAAUAAUAUAGUUAACAAUAUAGAUAAUAAUGAUAAAUUUAUUGAAAACUCGAAUAAAGACAAUCAUAAAGAAAAUAUAAUAAAAAACUAA